AUGGUUCUCUUAAACGCAAUAUUUGAAAAUUCUAAUAAAUUUUAUUUCGAGGGUGAAAUAAUCCGUAUAAAAUUAGAAGUUAAUUUGGAAAAAUCAUCAAUAUUAAAUAAUGUCAUUGCUAAUUUUGUCGGCCUUGGAACAUAUUUGGGUAACGCCGAAGACAAAGAAAAUAAAACAAUGACGGCCGAAUCGAAAAUCAAACCGAAAAAUACGACAGAAAUUUAUUUCGAUGAUGUUUUACCAAUAUUUUUGUGCGAAAACAAAGAAUCCGCCAUGUGGUCAAAAGGAACUCAGGUUUUUAUGUUUGCAUAUCAGUUACCACACAACGUUCCCAGUUCAAUUGAAUCCACCCAAGGAUUUGUCAGAUAUUCAGUAAAUUUAAGCGUAGAUAUUGACGGUGUCACGGUUAAAAAAACCGAACAUUUUACACUAUUAGCCAAAACCGAUGUGAGCACAAAUGAAAAUGCUCAUUUGCCAGGAAUCAUUUGGGAACCGGAAAACGAAUGGUGUAUAAUAUUAUCGGUUUUUUGCAAGGGUAACAGAGUGAGAACGUUUCUACACAUAUCAAAACAAGGUUACGUACCGGGAGAAUGUUUAUUUAUAAAUGCAGAAAUAACAAAUUUGCACAGGUGUCCCGUCGAAUGGGUGAAAGCAACCCUCGUGCAAUUCAUUAAAUUUUGCGGUUCGAAAUCGUUGGUCGAAAAACGUAACGUUGCCGAAAUAACAAGAGGUUGCAUAUUACCACGUGACACACAAACAUGGAAGUCGGAAAGUGUUCUCAUACCCGCAAUACCACCGACGACGAAAAAUCGUAAAAGGAUAAUAUCGGUUAAAUAUAAGCUUUUGUUUCAUUAUAAACCAUCAUGGAGGAAAAAACCAGUUGAAUUGAGUCAUAAAAUAUUUGUUGGAACCGUUCGUUUGUCCCAGUGCAAACUUCCAAAUAAAAGAGGAGAGGGUGAAGGUUUGAGCAACAGUGAAGUUUUUAAUGGCCCCAAUUUAGAACCAUGUGUUUUUGGUCCACAUUCAAUUGAUGUUGAUGUUUUUGUUAUUUAUAAGCAAGCUUAA